AAUUAUCAAUUUGAGCAAACAGUCUUUUUUUACAACGAAUGGUUUAAAUUAAGCUGUGUUCUAGCACCCUGAUAAGAAUUAUGAUAAUACAACCUCAUUAAACUCAUGCAAAGUUAUCAAAAGUAGUGCUGCAUAUAUAUAUUUAUCUUUUUUGUAGAUUAUUUUUGUGUUUGUAUUAUUUUGUGGUAAACUUUUAUUCUACAUAAAAAAACACAUUCAAAUAUUUAAUUUGCAUGAAAAUGGAAGUUUAAAUAAUAAUUAGGCAAUAUAAUAUGUGUUGGUUUUCGGUUCAAUAUAAAAAAAAAAAAAGAUUUUGUUCGAGGUUGUUUAUAAUCAUGGUGUAGAAAGGCGAUUAAAAAUAAUAGGCUCUGAUAUGUUUGGGAAGGUUAAUCGAAUUGAUGAUGAUAUAACAAUGACACCUGUGAAGGAGAACAUCAAAGUUACACACAGUAUCAACCAAAGAACUAUCAAUGAAGAAGAGGAUGAUUUAGUUACAAAAUUGUUACGACCAUACUCGAAAUUUUUAGUUCAUUAUCCAUGGAUUCCUCUCUGUAUAUUAUUUGUUAUUGUCGUGCUGUCUGCUGUGUUGGGUGUUAUAGGAAGCACUGGAGCACCUCCGUUACCAGAAUUCUCUGACCCAACGAAGGGGUUUGAACCACGUGGAACAACCAUAGCGUCACGUGCAAAGUCAUUAACCAACUUAGAAAAAUCCUCGAACAGUAGUGGAUUGUUAAAAAAAGCCUGUGCUUUAAAUGAUGUUUUAGGACUGUCAUCAUCAACAGUUACAGACUUGAGAUCAUUUGCUACUGAUUGUCUCUUUGUUUAUGGACACAAAGAUGCAAAUGUAAAUUUAUUUGACUACAUGUCCACCAUCUGCAACCUACACAAAUCAUUGCUGGUAGACUAUCCAGGCUAUAACAACUAUUUUAUCGACUCACACCACCUACCCUCCUACAUUGCGUUGGUGAAUAAUAAAACUGAUUGUCAAAACAUCAACAAAAAUGAUACAAAAUACUUUAUUUAUCUACUGCAGCUUUGUGUCAAGUUUUACACAAACGGGGCGCUCAAGUCAUGCACGAGUGGAGAGUGUAAAGAGAUUACAUCCGAUAGAUGUAAAACACAUGCUUAUAUAUUUUACAAUACAUUUCAAUACUUAACACCUUCAGGUUUCGUCCAAGAUGUAACUCAGCUCAAAUUAACAAAUAGUAUUGACAGGCUUUGGGAAUACAAUACGGUUCAAGCUAAUUUUUUUAAACCCUUAUAUGAUGAUAAGUUGAAAAAUUUAGAUAAUGCUGAAUUAAAUGGUGUUGAGGUGAAAGGAUUCGACUUUUAUAAUUUUAAAUUGCAUCUAUUUCAAACUGAAAUAAUUUUACAAUCUUUGUUCAUCAUCACUGCGAUUGUAUUAGUGAUUUUAUUUAUUUGGUUCUACUCUGGUUCAUUGUUCAUUGGACUGACCACAUUUUUUUGCAUCUUAGUGACUCUUAUUAUUUCGUAUUUUGUGUAUAGUCGUAUCUUUCAAAUGGAAUUUUUUCCUUUCCUCAAUAUGGUCACACUGAUAUUCAUCGUUGGUAUUGGAGCUGAUGACGCAUUUGUUUAUAUGGGCAUGUGGGAGGAAGCCAAAAGAAUGCACGUUAUCAAAAACAGCCAGCACCAUAAGGCGUAUUUGGUCAGAUGGACGACUUCUACCUUAAGACACGCUUCCUUAGCUAUGUUAGUUACCUCACUGACGACUGCUUCUGCCUUCUACGCCAACAUCAGCUCGCCUGUCACAUCCGUGAAAUGCUUCGGUUUGUAUGCAGGUACGUCGAUCAUUGUCAAUUACUUACUAAUGUUGACAUUAUUUCCUGCGUGUGUCAUCAUUCAUGAUUUGUAUCUGUCACAAUGCAUGCACUCCUGCUGUCCAAACCUUUGCAAAGCACAACCUGCUGUAGCAGACGAUGGAAAGGCUGCGUUAGAGAUCACAAGCUCGAAUGGGAGUGAUCUGAAUGCGAACAAUGUUGAAUCUAAUAAAAUCACAAGGAUGCAAAAGUGUGAAAGUGUAUUUAAUUUUGCAUCGGAUAAAGUGUUUCACGAAUAUCUUCCACUUGUUGUUUUAAAGUUCAAAUACAUUUGGAUUGGUGUGUUGUUAACGUUAGGAGUCGGAGGAGCUGUCGUCACAUUUGGUAAACCGGGUUUGAAGCGUCCGUCGACAUCUGAUUUUCAGAUGUUUACUGACUCAAGUUCACUUGAGCAGUAUAGCUUGAAUUACAAAUCAAUGUUUGCAUUUGGCAGGAGUGGCAGUGGUUUUUAUCAGUUUUCAAAUAUCUCUUUUGGAGUGAAAGCAGUCGAUAAUGGAAAUAAGUUUAACCCUGACGACCAUGGCACGUUAGAACUUAACACUGGUACGUUGGAUGUUGCCUCCGUUCAAGUAUGGCUUUAUAAUUUCUGUGUUAAUCUGAAGAAUGCUGAUUUCUAUCGAAGCUCGUCGACAUGUGGGAGCAUUGAAAAGUUGUUUUUGAUGUUAGAGCAAAAUUGUCCUGCCGGUCACAGUAAAUGUUGCAACAAAACGUUGCCAUUACCACGCAGCGAAUUCCUGGAUUGUUUUCAUCAAAGUGUUUCUUUCUUUUCUUGUUAUUCAUUUUAUGGUCUGAUGUUCGAUGAAAGCAACAAUUUAAAAACAUUAGUUAUUGACUUGUCUACCAACAAACCAUAUUCUGAUGAAUUUCAGUAUAAUGAAGAUCUGUUUAAAGCAUUCGAUAGCUGGUUUAGUACGCAAUUUAGUAAUGUAACUUCUACAACUUUCAAUGGAUGGUGGAAUCUCGAUCAAACGUUUUACGACCUUCAAAAAAGUCUCUUCGAAGGAACUAAAAUGUCGCUAGUAAUUGCUAUCGCUGUCUCUUUCGUGAUCAUCCUCUUGACGACAUGGAACCUGCUUCUUAGCAUCUACUCCAUCCUCACUAUCUCAUUCAUCAUCUCCGUCACUGUUGGAAUACUCGUGCUCAGUGGAUGGGAAUUAAACAUCAUGGAGUCUGUUGUGUUCUCCGUCGCAGCUGGUUUAUCUGCUGAUUUCACUCUACAUUACAGUGUCGCGUAUAAAACAUCCAUAAUACAAGACAAACGAGUCGAGCGCGUCAAGAGUGCGAUAAGUAACAUUGGGCCAGCUAUUGCAAUGGGAGCUUUCACAACAUUCAUUGCAGGUUUGGUGAUGCUUCCUUCGACCAUUCUCUCCUACAUUCAGAUGGCACAAUUUCUAAUGUUGGUCAUGUUUGUAAGCUGGGUAUACAGCACAUUUUUCUUCUUGCCACUCUGCGCUGUGAUUGGUCCAGUUGGUACCACGUGUCAGUUAACGUUUAAUAAAAUGAAAUCAGCCAGAGCGUCAUUUCGAAGUAAUUCAAGAGAUAGAAUUGAAAUGGAACCUGUGCCUACAAAUCAUACGGCCGGCGGUGUGUACUACGGCCCUACCGAAUGACCUGUUGCCACUGAUGCUUACCACCAAGCCAGUGUUUACCAUCGAAAAAACUAACUGACACCCGGUGACUGGUUCGAGCGAGUGUUCACCAAAAACUGGUAAAGGAGGAAGAAUAAGACUAAAAGAAUUGUUAAUCAAGUGUGUUUUUGAUAGGCUUUCAUUAAUGAUCCAGGGUGAAUAUAAUGAAGAGGAGGAAUUAUAGUAAGUUUGUAUGUUACGUGAACUUUCUUUUUUCGAUACCCACUCUAAGCAGAUGAUCACGUGAUCUAUUUAAUUCAUGGUGUCUGCCGGGCUUUGAACACUCAAGAAAACUUAAAAUUGAUAAAAUAAAAUUUGCAGACACCCUCUCCAUAAAAAAGUCUUAUUUUAAACAGCGGACAUUGUGCUCCUACGAAAGACUCGAGUGUGCGAGAUAAAUGAAUCAUUUCAUUGAGAAUAUUCUAAUUAGUCAGUAUUAUAUAUUUAUAUGUGGUAUAUUUUAUUUAUUAUUUUUGUAUGCAAAUGUAAAUAUGGCCGAACGGAUGAUUGGUUUGAAACAAAAAUUUAAUUUUU